GAAGAUAAAAAUAAAAACAUCUGUUCAACGUUAUUGAACAGAUGUACAAUUACGGCAAUUCAUUAAAAUAUUACAUUUAUAAUCAGAAACGAAAAAUAAGAUGAAUGUUGAGGCAGGAGCUGGAAUCAAUACGUUUAAUCCCAAAAAUCCUCAUGGCAAAGGCGACCCAAAUGAUCUCACCCUUCGCAAAGUAGAGAUAGAAGUUCUAAUACCCAAAAUUAUGCGUGAUAGAGCCAAGGAAACUCACUGCAGUAAUGAGGUAAAGGCAUUUGAAAGCUGCUGCAAGGACCAGGGUAUAUUGAUGGUAGCAACAUGUCGUAAACAGAAUUCAGCUUUAAAAGAAUGUCUCGCAAAUUGGUAUAGUAAUGAGACAUUUAAGGAGGAAUGCAAACAAAUCUAUCUACAAGAACGUUCAGAAUAUAGACGUACUGGAAUACCCAAGAAGCAUAGGGUGGAAAAAAUCUAGUAAUAAAUCAUAGGUGCAGUUAAAUCUACGUAUUAUCAUUUCUGAAAUUUCUACAGCAGAUAUCGAUUCGAGGCUUGCAAAUUGGAAAUUACUGGGUUUAUGAACCUCUAGGAUUAAAACAUCUUUGUCGGAAGUUUCGGCAAUGCGUUGCAAACCUUUGAUAUUUUUGGAAUUUAGGUGUUCUGUAUCUGAUGGAGUGUUUAUAACAACUACAAAACUGGCAUGAUAAAAACGUGGUCCUUUGCGAUAAAUUACUGAAAAUAAAUAUUUUUUUAGUUUUUAAAUUAA